UUCGAUUAUUAUACAUAAAAAAAAUGACUACACAAAAGAAAGCAAUCGUAUUCUUGGCAAAUGGUGCUGAAGAAAUGGAAUUCACUAUUUCGGUGGACGUAUUACGCCGAGCCAAAGUUGAGGUAACUGUUGUUGGUGUCCAACUUGAAGGUCAAGCUGCAGUUUGUAGCCGUGGUGUCAAAAUUCUACCUGAUAUUGAGCUGGAAAACACAAAGAUUGAUCCUGAACACUAUGAUCUUGUACUUGUUCCAGGCGGUGCAGGUGGUGCAAAGACAUUAGCUGCUCAUGAAGGCAUCCAAAAACUCAUUUUUGACUUUUAUAACAAGAAAAAGAUUGCUGCUUUUGUUUGUGCAGGUACACUUGUUGCUAAAGCUGCAGGCAUUCCUUACAAGCACAAAGUCACUUCUUAUCCUGGAGCUGUUAAAGAACAAUUGGUCAACUUAUAUAAUUAUUCAGAAGAUAGAGUUGUUGUUGAUGACAAUGUAAUUACAAGUCGAGGACCUGGUACUACCUUUUUAUUUGCAUUAACUAUUGUUGAACACUUGAUUGAUGCAAAGACCGCUGAAUCUCUUAAGGAAGAAAUGCUUACUUGUACUGAAUUGUAACUAUAAAUAAAGAACUAUACA